AUGGCAACCCCCGACAUCGAGGCCGCUAAGAUCAAGUACGCCGGUCGUCCGCGCGAGGACAUCAAGAUCCUGUACGACUACGAGCUCAAGAAUGCCCCCGGCAAGUCCCUCGUCGCGCUCGAGCUCAACUACAAGCCGGGCGGCUGGAGCCCGCCGCACACGCACAACGGCGCCCAGGCCGUCGCCUACGUGCUCGAGGGCGAGUUCCUGAGCGGCAUGAACGGGAACCCGCCCCAGGUGUACAAGCCGGGUGAGAAGUUCCUCGAGCUGCCGGGCUGUCAUCAUACGGUCUCGGAUAAUGCCAGCAUGACCGAGUCGAUGAAGGCGAUUGUGGUGUUGGUCAUUGAUACGGAGAAGAUUAAGGGGGAGAAGGGGUACGCGGCGAUUACGGAGAUCGAUCCUGGUUGGGAGUGGGCUUGA